UCUUGUCAUCUGUCAGUUUUUCUCAAUUCAAUUUUGGUUAGGUCUUUAUUCUUAGAUAAUUUAUUAAAAAUGGCUAAGGUCGACAUGGAAUUAAAAAAAGCUUUCACAGAGUUACAAGAAAAACAGCUAGAAACUACACAGAAGUUGAGGAUAGCAGACAUUCAAAUAGAAAGUCUGAAAAGAACAAAACAGCAUGCGUCAAUUACCGAAAGAGAAAUCAGUUCUUUAAAUGAAGGCACCAGGACUUAUGAAUCUGUAGGCAGAAUGUUUUUAUUAACUCCCAUUGGAAUGGUGAAACAAAAUUUGAAAACCAAGCAAAGUACUGCAGAAGAGAAGAUUAAAGUAAUAGAGAAUAAUAAAACAUACUUGGAAAAUUCCCUUAAGGAGGCAACAAAUAGCUUACGUGAACUAGUACAAACUAAAAAAGAAUCUUGAACAGUUGUAACUUAUAUUUAAUUUAUUGUAUGAAAAUUGUACUGACAAUUUAAAAUCUCAAUAUAACAUUGAAUUAAA